GUUUGCAGGUGCCGUGGCAUAAAUAUUAACAACUUUAAAAAGCAAGUAGAUUAGGCCUGCCUUUUAAGCGAGCGAAUUAAACGAUCUUUCUUCAUUAAACGCUGAAAUUUGUGAAAAAUAAUGGACGGCGUAAAAGCAAAACUUAAUGCGAUGCGAGAAGAGCAUUCCGCCGCGGAAAAACGCGAAGAAAUGGCAAGAGUUAAAUCGAGGAACGACAAAGAACGACUCGCAAGGGCGGAGGACGCAACGGCCGCUCUAAGACGUAGAAUCAAAAUAGUUCAAAUGAAUUUGGAAAAAGUCGAAGACCAAACUGAUGGAAAGCUCGACAGACUUGAACGUCUAAACAAGCAAAUUUACGACAACGAUACGUGCAGACGGCAGCUUGAACGGAAAGAAAUGAAGGAGGAUAACACACUGAUACAUUUGGAAUCGAGACACAAGUCGCGACAAAUAUUUGCUGAAGAGGCUGAUCAAAGACAUCGCGAAGCUUGUAACAAAUUAAGAAUGUUGGAAGAACAGACUGCAAAGGUAUGUUAUGCACAUAUUUUCGUUCGUGCAAUUGGCCAAUACGAGAAGUAUAUAGUAGCUACCACGAUUUUGCAUUAUUUUAACGCCGAUUUAAUACGUACACUACACAAUUUUUGCCUAAACUGUCGCAUGUAACCUGCUUACAACUUGAGUUGAACUGUGUAAAUCGAGCACACAACUCGCUUACAUUGUUGUUAGGUUCAAAUCAAGAAAGCAUUCUUUAUUUGCUUUUUUCUCAAGCUCGAUAAUUCAACAGCAAAACACAUUAGAAAAGCACACUUUCUGGUAUUUUAUAUCAGUGAUUUUAUAUGCCGGUAACUAAAUCCAUUCAUUCUUUAAUAUUGAAUGAUUUAUUGUCGAGUAAAAUACUCGAAACAGAAUUUAAUGCGCCAUUGAGUAUCAUGUGAUCAUAAUCAGCCAAUUAAAUGACGAUGAUUUAAUACGGUGUUAUUAAUUAAGACAAGAUGAGAAUCUUUUGUAUGUUACGUAACACGCGCUCAAAACUAAUGAAUAUACUUUUACACUUGGUUAGACUAUAUUAAAUUUUUUUAAUAUUUUAUACGUUUCUCAAGCGGAAAAUAAACUUAAAAAGGAUGGUUAGUGCUUUAUCUGUAAAAUAAUACUAAAAAUGAAGAGAUGUUAUAUAUAGAUGGUACGCCAAAGAAAAAACGAUGUCUGAAGUUCAAUAAGUUUUGUUUAUAUUGCUGUGUAAAUAUGGCGUCAAUUUUAUAGCAUGCAUCAAUGAUUAUUGACUAAUUGCCUUUCUCACGCCACCAUUUUUGGGUGGCAUUUCAGCUGAAGUCUGUGCGAUAAGUCUACAUACCGACUUUUUAUAAUUUUUUGGACGAAUGAUGGUAAAUUUGCUUUGUAAAUGGUUAGUUUAUUUUGAAAAAUUGCUUUUCACAUUGUUUUAAUUGUCUGCAUUGGACAAUGAAUAUUUGAUGCCACCCAAAAACGGCGGAUAUUCGUCAUCGUGAGAAAGGCUAAUUGUAUUUAAAUUGCAAUAUUUAACUAUUAUUUUCUGGCUGUUUCUCAACCGCCAGAUAAACAUUUAAAAAGGUUGCUAAAUGCUAACUGUGUAAACUACAAAAUAAAGCUGCUAAAACAAAGUAAUUUUGAGAAGAGCGCCAAAAAGAUUUUAGGUUUUGAAAAUGUUUCAUAGUAAAACAAUUGGGUUAUCAUUCCAUGUUUCGCGCACCAAUAUAGGUUAGGGGUUAGGGGUUAGGGGUUAGGGGUUAGGGGUUAGGGGUUAGGGGUUAGGGGUUAGGGGUUAGAUUUAAGGUUGGGGUUUGGGUUAGGGUGUGUUAUAUGUGUAUGGAGGUAUCUACUGAACUUUUCAGUACACUAUAAUAUCAAUUACAUAACGUUUACUAUAUUGGUGCGCGAAACAUGGAACGAUUACCAAAAAUUGCCUCUUCAUUUUUCGUCCCUAAAAUUCGAGGACCUAAUUAAAUAGUGCCUUCAUUUUUUUCAUUCAUAGGUGGACGCCAAAAUUCGGGCAGCAAGAUCAAACGAAAGAUAUUUUGAGGGCAAAUUAAACGAUGCAGGACGGACUGCCUGUAGUUUGGCGAAGUCGGGCGAGACGAAGCAAGCAAAAUGUGACGAUUAUCACGAGAAAUGUCGACGCCUGAGUGAGAAAAAGGACCACGUUUUAAUCACCGCCGAAUGUAUGGAAAGAAAAGCCGGGCAACUUGAAAGCCGUUUAGGUUUGUUGCGUGCGGAAACGAAAGAAACGCAAAAACGCGCACUAAACGUAAAACGAGAAUUGCGAGACAUGAUGGACGAAUUUAACACAUAUCCAUAAGUUGUACGUGAAGUGAAAGUUAACUACUUUCAAUCGUUAAAGUUUGUUAUUUAUCUUUUUGUAUAUUUUGAUAUUUUAUGUAUAACAAAUAGAUUAAUAAAAUGAUUCAAUAAAAGUGUAAAAUG